AUGUUCAGUUGGUUAAUCCCUGAUAUCCCAGAGUUAUUUCUUACUAUAAGUGUUUGGUUUAGGUUGCAAGGAUGGGAAGAUAAUACAAAAUUGGGAUUCAUAAUAGGUAAUACACUGACGACUAUCUUUUACAUUCUAAGACUGGCACAAGAUACACUGCUGGCUGGUGUAUCUCGCAAACUUAUAAGAGAUUAUGAAUUAUUUGAUCUGAGUAAAUCUGAAACGUUGCUCAGCGAUCCCGCAUUCUCAUCUUAUCAUGAUGUUUUGUUCAAUAAACAUCAUAGCACAGCUAAUGCCAGCUCUUACAAUAAAAGAGUCAGGAAGGUGACAUCUACAGUUUAUUGGUCAACAUACUUUUUACUACUGCUAAGUUGUUAUACAUGCUACCGACUAUUCAACACUUACAAGGUCUACAGAAUAUACUACUUAAAGGAUCUGAAUCUAGAUAAGCACCCAUCUCUCAAGAAGAUAGAGCCAGAUUACGAAGUGGAUGAGAAACUAUUGAAAACUUCUUUAAAGUCUAAAUUAUUGUCCCGGUUUAUAAGACUGCUACAACUACAAGACGAAGUGGAAACUGAAUUACCGAAGGUUACGGAGCAUUAUACCUUAAACAAAUGGGAUCCAUCCAAGUUAAUUAUAUCUCUGUCAACAUCAUUUUCCCCCACCAUUAUUAUAUGCUUAAUGUAUACAAAUGUCACAUUUCUCACAGUGAUACCCAUUAUCAUACAUCAGGGAAUAUUUUAUUUUAUGAUUUGGAAUAGAUAUGAAGAAAGAUUCAAAGAUGAUGCCCUGCUUAUGCGAGAAAAUUACCUCCAAUAUGAUACUAAAUAUGUCAAGCCACUGAAACAAAUAAUGUACCAAGAUGUUAUGACUGAUACAGCGACCAUAUCUGAUGGUGGAUUUACAAAGUUCUUCCCUGUAUCAAAAAGUACGCUCUUUAAGCACCAUGAAAUGAGUGGGGAUGUUAUUAUUGAAAGGUAUAAUAAGAAAUCUAGAGAAUUUGAAAACGUAACAGACAUUAUAAAGCCACACCACCAUAUCAAUAAUACUGUGAAGAUACUACCACCAACUAUUAGGAAGGAUCAUAAAACCAACAGAUAUGAUCACCGGCAACAAUCAAUUCUCAAGGACAGAAAGUUCAAUAUAGAUAGUAAUGAACCGCAGAUAAUCAAUGCCCUAACAACAGCAAUUCCAUCGAGGUCAUUUUUCAAUAACAACCCAUCAGGUUCUAAUGAUGACAACUGCAGUGGUAUUAAAGUACGUUCAAGCCCUACCCGCGAAACUUUCUUUCCAGCAACACCGUUACGAAAGAAGUAA